AUGCCUAGCGAGCUCGUUGACAGUCCCCUCACGGACGUUGCCCUAGGCAGGCCCACUGCUAUCCCUAGCGCAACUCGUGGCGCACUUCAGCAGAUCGUCAAGCAACAAACCUCGAGCUCCAGUCGCGGAUUCGGGUCCUUCUCGGACUCGCUUGGCCUUCCCGUCGACGACACAGGUCACGAAUUCCUCGUGCAACUUGAUAUGUGGAUCCCAACUAUUCCUAUUACCAGCGAAUCGCAGAAGUCCGAGAUGGCUGACUCCGCGCAUUUCGACGUCAGCGGAGCCCCGUCGGCGGAGUACGACUCGGGUCGUUCUUCUACGAACCUCCUAACGCCCCUUUCCCAUGCGCCAGUAGACUUCGAGCUCGAGAGCAUUGAGAGCACCCUCUCCGAGUUCAAGGACGCGCCGUACAUCGUUGAGAAUACGUACGCAGCGUCGGCGAGUCCGAGCGAGGUGUCGCGGGGCCUGGAGACAAUUGGUGCGCAUCUCGUCAUAGAUGGCCCCCCUUCGUUCGUCCCCAUCUCUUCGUGGGCGCAACCCGGCUCCGGGCAGCUGCCGUGGCAGUACUGCCGUCCUACCGCUGCAGAUGUCCGGGGCCACUCCUCAGCACUCUACUAUCCUGUGGGCAGUAUCGCGUAUCCUUGCGUUGGGGCCGAACCCGCGAUGGACAACAGCUGGGGCGCGUCACAGGCGUAUUUACGUACUCAGUCGCCUCACGGAGUGCUUUCGGAGGGGAGAGGGGCUCGAUACUACUGCCCUACCGUGGCCAUCGACCCGACGCUACUUGUACCGGGAGCUGCGUAUCGCUUCGCGGGACGACCUCCCCUCAACGACCAGGAGCAACCGCAGGAGCAACAUAUUGAUGUUGCUCCAGCAGGUGCUAUUGGUCCGGAAAGCGACAUGCAGGCGUCAUGCGAAUAUCACUACCUUGAGUCUUUUCCAGAGUCGCCGUCAUCUCCGACCACGAGCGACGCCAGUCAUUACCCUCACCCUGACCCUAGCGAAACAACAAAGCACGUUGACAAGCCUCGCGAUACUGCUUCUAAUACGCCUGCCAAAACGAAGGGACCACGGAGGCAAUCAACAGAGAAGGUCUUCCCCUGUCAUUGGCCGGGUUGCACUAAGUCGUUUGCUCGUUCUAACAACCUCAAGGUUCACCGCGAUGGCGUCCAUCUUCAGAAGCGCGACAAGGUCUGCCCUUUCAAUGGAUGCAUCAAGGCAAAGUCAGGCUUCAGCCGCAAGUACGACCUGGAAUUACACAUCAAGAAGCGCCACUCUAGCGGGAGCAUGAAGACGAAAAAGACGCAUUCUUGA